CUGCUGGACGAAAUGAGGGUGGGGCCGGACGGCGUGCCCCGUUGGGUUAACAAGUACAUUUUCCGGUUGCGUUCUAAUCGGAGAUCGGCCGCUCAGACAGUACCGUUGGUGAAAAGCACGGUGGUUGUGGCGAAAACGGGGAAGGCGGAUUUCAGGACGAUCAACGACGCCAUUGCAGCUGCGCCCGACAAGGUGAAUGUCCAAAAUGGCUACUACUUGAUCAACAUAAAGGCCGGGGUUUACGAGGAGUACGUGUCGGUAAACUCGAGCAAGACGAACAUAAUGAUGGUGGGUGCUGGGAUCAACAACACUAUCAUCACCGGCAAUCGCAGCGUCGGAGACGGAUGGACCACCUUCAAUUCUGCUACAUUCAUUGUAGUUGGAAAGAACUUUGUGGGAAUGAACUUCACGGUCCGGAACACGGCUGGGCCAGACAAGCAUCAGGCAGUGGCGGUGAGGAACGGCGCCGAUCUCUCCACUUUCUACAAAUGCAGUUUUGAAGGAUACCAAGACACACUCUAUACGCACUCCAUGCGCCAGUUCUACCGCGAGUGCAACGUCUAUGGCACCGUGGACUUCAUCUUUGGCAAUGCGGCCGUCGUCUUCCAGAAGUGCAAGCUUUACGCUAGGCUGCCAGCAAGUGGCCAGAACAACAUGUUCACAGCUCAAGGGAGAACGGAUCCGAAUCAGAACACUGGCACAUCUAUAAUAGGGAGCGACAUCUUGGCCACCCCGGAGCUAGCAGCGGCAAGUUAUAAGGUCAAGUCAUUUCUUGGGAGGCCCUGGAAAGAGUACUCACGGACGGUGUAUAUGCUGUCCAGCAUCGGCAGUCUGAUCGACCCUACCGGUUGGGCGCCGUGGUCCGGUGACUUUGCGUUGAGUACUUUGUACUAUGGGGAGUAUAAUAACAGUGGUCCGGGCUCGAAGACGGACAAGAGGGUCACAUGGCCGGGAUUCCAUGUGAUGAAUGCCGUCGACGCAAGCAAUUUCACAGUGGCCAACUUUGUGCAGGGAGAUGUUUGGCUGCCUCCUACGAGUGUGCCCUUCACAGCAGGGCUGGCCUGACCGGGACCAGGAUUAAUCCUUAGAACGAAGAUGGAUAAAACGCUCUUACUCAAAGCGUGAAAUGAAUUUUUUUAUUACCUCAUGUAUGUUUUUUUCCCUCUUUCAGUUGUUGACAAGCUCUUCGUUUCAUUUCUUCGUAGCCCUAUGUAAGGCCAUUAUA